UGCCCUCCGCGUUGACAUCGAAGGGCGCGACAAGGGAACUGCCAAGGUCCUGCCUGGGUCACGCGGUCCUUGCGCACCCCAUAACCAUAACAUAGAGCAAUACAGUGCCUGACUUUGACAUGCCCGAUAGAGGCAAGUUUAGCCUUGAGCUAUGCCGAUGGGCAAGCAAGUCUCCAAGCCCAGAGUCAUGUUUGUUGCUGCAGCUCGGGUACCUGAGCACCCAGGCGUCAUUGGCCGAAGGAUUGCGGAGUGCCUGCUCAGGGCGAGUUGACAGGAGCAGGAAUGGGCCGCAUCCACUCUGUCGGCUAGAAGUCUCAAUGUCCUUGCCCGUGGUUUUCUGCCCUGUGUCACCAACAUGACACGAAGCUUUCCAUCGCCCAACCUCUCUGUAGAGCAACAAUGGCUAGGCCAUGGCUUGCGGAGUGAGGGAGAUCAAAGUAG